AAGAUGGCCCACUGGCCGGCCCCUGAGCCUGGGUAGGUGAGGUCAGGGACGCGGCCUGAAGGGGCCCAGUGCCCGAUUUCUAUGGGGAGUGAUACCAGCCAUUGUUGCUGGGCCUCGAGUCCCAAGUCCGUCUGGGCCGGGAAGUCUGUGGUGUGAGGAGAUGCCGGCUGCCCCCAACCUGGGCUCGGGGCCCAGGAGCCUCUGUCCAGGACUUUCUCUGUCCCUAAUCUGGAAAAGAGGGGGACUGUCCUCACAUCCCACCCUGAAGGGAGGGUCCACGUGAUACCAUAGCCUCCCUUUAGCUGCUCAGAGUUUGGGGACUCUAUGGGGGAAGUGGAUAGGGAGGGGGCCCAAGAGCUCUGCCCAAGGCCCAGUUAGUAGCAGGAAUUUCCACCGGACCCACCCCCUCCCCGCAGCAGGUCACAGGCCAGAUGCACACUGGGGGCUUACUUGGGCCCGAGGGAGCAGCCCGAAGGCCCCCGCCGUCCCGAGUGUCACAUCCUAGUCAGUGCCCUGAAGCAGGCCACAGUGCCCAGCCCGCUCUCCUCGUGUGUGCACAGCAUGGCCCUGACGAGCAGCCUCCUUAGGAGCCCCCGCAUCAUGCCAGGCCCUCUACAAGCUCCCCUCCACCCCCCGGGCUUGGCCUCGGGAAGUAUGGGGCGGGCGUGGCCUGGGGUGGGCCCCAGAGGAAGGAGCCGCCUGACUCAGAGUUACAGGAAGAAGUGAUGCAGGCCGGGCAGGCGGGGCGAGAACCACCAGCUGCCCGCCUGCCUGGGAUGGGGGAGGCUGCCUGGGUGGGGUUUGGGUCUAGGAGAGGAUGUGACUGCAAAGCCAGGAAGCUACAGGGAAAGUUCUGAUUAAAACACACACACACACAAACAAAAGACAGGUCCUCGUGGUGCUUGGCGAUGUGUCCUGGGGCUGUGGUGCCGCGGACCGGGCUGGGGGCCCAGCUGAGCAGAGAGUUUGCUCCCAAACACUCGUCAAUGACCUCGAUGACCGACAUUUCCCCCCAGGAGGAAAGAGCCGGAACCAGCCUCUGACCCGUCCUGGCGCCCUGACUGACCGGCCGCAAAGACAGAGAGUGAGUCUUGCCCACCCCCUGGGGGACCAGUCUGCUCAGCCAAGGAGCCCCGUGGAACCGGGGGGUGGCACCAGUGCCCAGCCUGCCUCGAGGAGGCCCCGGCCAGACCAUGGCAGGUGUCUGUGACAGGGCCCCUGACUUCCUCUCCCCGACUGGAAACCAGGCCCUGGGGCCCGCCCUUGGCAGUGUAGUGGCUCUGAACUGCACAGCCUGGGUGGUUUCUGGGCCCCACUGUCCCCUGCCCUCCGUCCAGUGGCUGAAAGACAGGCUGCCGCUGGGCAAUGGGAGCCACUACAGCCUCCAUGAAGACUCCUGGGUCAAGGACAACCUAUCAGAGGUGCUUGUGUCCAGUGUUCUGGGGGUCAACCUGACCCAUGCUGAGGACUAUGGGACCUUUACCUGCGCCAUCCGGAAUGUCAGCUCCUCCCCCUUCACUCUUUGGAGAGCUGCUCUGUCCCCAGGCCCAGCAGGCCACGUGGCUGCGGUGCUGGCCUCACUCCUGGUCCUGCUGGCCCUGCUCCUGGCCGCCCUGCUCUACGUGAAGUGUCGACUCAAUGUGCUGCUCUGGUACCAAGACGCCUACGGGGAGGUGGAGGUGAACGACGGGAAGCUCUACGAUGCCUACGUCUCCUACAGCGACAGCCCCGAGGACCGGAAAUUCGUGAACUUCAUCCUGAAGCCGCAGCUCGAGCGGCGUCGGGGCUACAAGCUCUUCCUGGACGACCGCGACCUCCUGCCGCGCGCGGAGCCUUCCGCGGACCUCCUGGUGAACCUGAGCCGCUGCCGGCGCCUCAUCGUGGUGCUGUCGGAAGCCUUCCUGGGCAGGGCCUGGUGCAGCCACAGCUUCCGGGAGGGCCUGUGCCGGCUGCUGGAGCUCACGCGCAGACCCAUCUUCAUCACCUUCGAGGGCCAAAGGCGCGACCCCAUGCACCCCGCGCUCCACCUGCUGCGCCAGCACCGCCACCUGGUUACUCUCCUGCUCUGGAGGCCCGGCUCCGUGGCUCCUUCUUCAGAUUUUUGGAAAGAGCUACAGCUGGCGCUCCCGCGAAAGGUGCGGUACAGAGCAACGGAGGGAGACCCCCAGACCCGGCUGCAGGAUGACAAGGACCCCAUGCUUAUUGUACAAGGCCACCUCCCAGCGGGUCGGACCCUGCACCUGGAGCUGGACCCUGACCCGGAGGGGGACUUGGGUGUCCGAGGGCCUAUCUUUGGGGAGCCAUUAGCUCCACCGCAUGCAAGUGGGGUUUCGCUUGGAGAGGGCCGGGGCAGCGAGGUGGACGUCUCGGACCUUGGCUCCCGCAACUACAGCGCCCGCACAGACUUCUACUGCCUGGUGUCUGAGGAGGAUGUGUAGCCCCCGCCGGCCGGAACAGCAAGAUCUCAAGGACAGCUGGGUGCGGGGUGGGUGGGGUUUCUCUCCUCUUAGCAGGACCACCAGCCCUGAGACACUCAGGGAAGGGGAGCUGCUCCACUGUGCCUCCAGACAAUAAAGUCCUUUUAGAUCCUG